UGCACACUGCCAGAAGUAAGACACGGGCAUGCAAAAUCUUCUUGGAACCUCCGACCCUGGUCACCACCCCUUCUAACUCCUUCCCUCAGGCAGGUGCUAUGGAACAACGCAAACUAAAACCAGGAGACCUUCCAAUUGCUUCUUCCCUCUUGCCAUCAACUUCGUAGAGUUGACUUACAUCUCCGUGGGUACACUUCUACGUUAUUUGUGCGCUCGGUAGGUAGAGCAGGUCGUCCAGUGAGCGAAGGGUCUCCGGUUCGAAUCCCGGCUGCGACAGUCCGCGUGUCGAAGUGUCCUCGGGCAGGACAUUGAACCGUGUCGUACUAUAGUGGCUCCAACUACCGGAGACAAAUUCCUUGUGUUUUGUAACAUACGUGGCCGAUAAAAACGGAUUCUAAAUUCAAUCCAUGAAGACAUUACAUUGAAACAAAAAAUCUUUCCUUGGCUGAUAAUCUAUCCAGACGACACCACGCUGUUGUCGGGAGGUGCGGGGGGUCCCGGCCAACUUCAUGCCGGUUUAAUUUGUAUCGACAUUGUUGCCUACAUUAGUCUAGUGUGCUAACAAUAGGAUCUGAACGUCCUUCCAUGUGUCCACUGCAUUAAUGGGAACAUUCAGCUCGCCCAAAAUACACAUGAAAUGAACACAGAAUAUGCAUGAAAGGCUCCAUCUGUAUCCUUUUUCGUUUCCUGCAUAGAGCAUAAAUGGGCCUUUAGCGUGACAAAUUGCAGGUCUUAAUAAUCGGUGAAGUCUGCAACAUACUGUGGGAGGAAAAAGUAAGUGUAUGUGAACCCUUGGGAAUUCAAUUUCUUCAUAAAUUGGUGAGAAAAUCUGGUCUCAUCGUCAUCUAAAGAAGAAGAAGAAACGGAGUCUGCCGAGAAUGGUACUACAAAAACAAGUACACGUUCUCACACACACUUGUAUGAAAACUAACAGGAAAACAUUCACAGGGCAGCCCAACCUGGAGUCCUACUGUGCUAGUGAUAAUAAUUACACAUUUCAAACUGACACAUUGAAAACAACAUAUUUAUACUACAACCGUGGCUUUGUUAGGGCUAACACAAACAAAUUAAACAACCGUUUCUGUGUAAAAAUCUCAUUACGUGGAAUGUAAGAACUGUAAAAUCGUAAAAAAAAAAAUAUAUAUUUUCCUGAUGUGGCAAAAUUAAAAAAAAAAAUAAUAAAAAUAUUGACACACCUUCACUGUGAGUAACCAUGAGCUGGUGUAAUUGUCAUUUCAUUCUUAAAUACUUUCCCAAAUAAAACAAAUGCUCAACAAAAUACGCAUACCAGGAAUGACAAAAACAAAAGAUGAACAAUUUCUUUUCAUGUCGGCUCUGUUUAUGAUCAAGUUCAUAGACGCCUAUUUUUAUGACAUCUGCAAAGGAAACACUUGUUGCUCAAUUCGCCUCCUCCUCGAUUCGAUGCUUGCUGAUCCAUACGCAUUUAAGACAAACGAGUUUCUCCUGAAUAUGGCAGCGGCAGAACAACUUCCCGAGAGAGAGACGUAAGAUCCACCUUCAUGUCUCACGGCUAGGGGGGGGAACACCUCCCUGUCGCUCCUGGGGAACUAGAGUAGGAGGCUGGAAACGGGGAAGUCUGGGCUUCCCUAACUCGGACUGCUGCCAAGGCAAAAAGUACAGCGUCACCGAUAAAAUCAAAGCAAGAGUUGACGUAGCAGAAGUGGAAAAAACAUUUCACCUGCAUUAUUGGGUGAAAUAAUAACUCCCCAGUAUCCCUGGAAAGGAGAGCUCUCAACUCCUUUAAGGGACCGGCUCCAAGCCGCUAGUGCAGAUAUGUGGAUGACACACAGGUUGAAAUCGAAACCCAAGAAGUGCAACCCUUCACCGAGCGCAUUAACUCAUUGGAGAGAAACAUCAAGAGAGUUGUCGUGGAUACUACACUAUGCUACACGGAAGAUAUCCCCGGAAAUCAAACGUGCUAUACUUUUCAUUGUGGCAUCGAAGGGCCAAAUCGUCGGUCGUGGAUUAUGUCGCACGACAAGAGGUUUCGUCAUUCUCGACAAAAUAUGUCGGGCCCGAUCUCGGAAAUCGGCUGCGAUGGCUAAUCGGGCCAAUAUCGGGGUUUAAAUCCUCUAGUCUGAUGGAGGCAUUAGUUGGAGCAUUGAUAGCUGAGUUUGCCACACAAACGCUGGCUAGUGGGUCCUAACUCAGCCUUGUUGCAUGAAUUGAUCAAGCCCGCUCAGAUGAGAGGCAAAACGUCUCCUAAGACAAGUCAGUCCGGUUGCGAUCGGAGAAUCAGGAUACCCGACGAAUGAAAGAUAUAUAUCUAGUAAGUCAAAUCUGAAAAACAAUUGUUCCCUUAUCACUUACAACAAUGAAACAUUUUUGUUUGAAUGUCAUCAUUAUUUUUCUUAUGUUCUAAUGUGUUAAAAAACAAUCAGCCGAUUAAGCAGUCAGGGCCAAAUUUAAAACGGGUGUCGCGGCUCACGAAAGUUUGGCAAACACUUGUCUGCCGGAACAUCGUCACACAGCAACACAUGCGUGUAAUAUACACAUGCGGCAUUUGAACGUGGGUGAUGCCUCUGCGUCAACGAUACGAGAAAACUUUCCAUUUGCCUUUUUUUUAUGAAUGUGGUGGUUGUUUUUCUCAGUUUCACACCAGCCUUUAACACUUUCAUUUUAAAGUCCCGUGUCUCAUCAACCGUUGUCAUAAUAACCCUAAAAACCGAUUGUUCUCUUGUUUAUAGGGCAAAUACUUCAAAGGACCCUUUUUUUCAAUGUAAGAUCGUGUUUGUGCUUUUCCGUGUUGUUUCAUUUUUUGUCCGUUUUUUUAAAAUGUUAGAUUUGUUUGUAUUUCUUCAUCGGGACUGCGAUGAUUUUAGGCUGAAGCUGUGUCAUCUGCAAGUGAAAGUGGGAAGAAGAAAAAAAACCAAGGCCACGUUGACUCAUACCAGUUUGCUGGGGGGAAUCCCGAAAUAAAAUGAUCAUCUAGUGAGUCGAGUCUUUUUUAGGGGGAACAUUGUUCAAUCAAGAUCAGAUGAACUUCAUACUUUACUAAUAAUAGCUUCAUUCAAUGUGUUUUAUUGCUAUCUCAGACCACAGAGGCCAAGCAGUCACUCCAGUCUAUAGAUAACAUGUGCAUUGUGUUACCAUAUAAGACAGCAAUAUGACUCACCCCACUCACUGACUGAGCUACUAUGUGGGAAGUCAUGAUUCAUACAAGCCGCAUUUAAAGCAGGCAGGGGCCGAAAAUAAUCUUGCAUGCUGUCAUACAAACAAACACACACGUACCUCGCUCGGUCGGCCACCUUCCGACACUCGGUGGGAGACGGUAGAAAGUCGUCGCGGCAAAGAGGGGAAUAGCAAGAUGGCUGCCUCUGCGCCGACACCUUUUUGAGAUUGCGAGCGGAAUGUCCGUGGAUGAGAAACCUGAAGCCCCCAUGUAUGUGUAUGAGUCAACAGUUCAUUGUACCAAUAUCCUCGUCUGCCUUAAUGACCAGCGGAAGCAGGACAUCCUGUGCGAUGUGACCGUCCUCGCCGAGGGCAAGGAAUUUCGCGGGCAUCGGGCCGUGCUGGCUGCCUGCAGCGAGUAUUUCCUUCAGGUGUUGGUAGGUCAGGCGGAGAAUGGCUUCACGGUCAGCCUUCCCGAAGAGGUCACUGCGAGAGGAUUCGCCCCAUUGUUGCAGUUUGCCUACACGGCCAAGCUGUUACUCAGCAAAGAAAACAUUCAAGAGGUCAUCCGCUGUGCCGAAUUCCUGCGCAUGCACAACCUAGAGGAUUCAUGCUUUCGUUUUCUCGAAGCUCAGCUGCUUAGUGAGGAGAGCAAUGUGGCGGCUGAAGGCAUCAACUCCGAGAAUGAAAGCAUGCAGUCGGUAGCCGAAAGGCCCUCCUCCCCGAGGAUACGACGCGCCGGUGGUCUCGCCUCCUUGCAAUGCCCUGGCGAGGAUCGGCUAGCGAUGACUUUACCAAGUAACUUCACAGACGGCCGAUUGGACUUCGAUCGACGUCGAGGAUCAGACCUGCCGAGAUGUCCUAAGUACAGGAAAUACCAGUUGGCUUGCAACAAGCACAAUAAUGAUUUCUCUUCACACACCAGUACCUCAGGUUUUGCUAGCACAACAAAAGAGAGCAGCAUUAGUGGGGGAGUGUCAGGUCAGGACAGGAUGUCUUUGGCACAGAUCAAAGUUGAACCACAAGCAGAGGAAGAGGCCAUCUCAUUGUGCCUCUCGGGGGAUGAGCAGGACAUCGGGGAUAAGGACAGUGAGUCAGCAAUGGAGAUGGAUAAUCCCAUGUCUACAGAAAUAAUCAAGAGAACCAAGUCGGCUUCCUGCGUCCAAGCCUUAUUUCAAAAAGGAGUGGACCUCCCCAAUCCACCCAUGACAUCACAGCAGCUCUUUGCCAACAGGCUUGUCUGCCCCCAGGACAAGGGUAACUCUCAGGGAGAUCACAAAAAAGACUUCAGAGCUUUCGCUGGGGAGUUCAGUUUCUCUUUAAUAUCCCCCAAGAACAAAGACAAUUUCACUGCAGGUCUGUCCCUCAAGUCCACGUCCUGUGAUGAAAUCUGCAAACAGGAAGUCGAGCUUGAUCGACAAAGUGUCAUAUUUUCCUCAGGAGCCUGCAAUCGUCUCGUAACACCGGCGCAUUCCUACCCUGGUGGGAAUUCUUUUGAGAUGGAGCUCGCUGAGCACUCGCCAAAGGGAAUGCGUCCUGCAGCCAGUCAGUCGCUUCCGACCUCCCAGGGCGAUUCUCCCAGCGCCGCCUCCGCUGAUCCCCAACUGCUGUGCCGCCCGCGGCCGAACACCAGCUGCCCGGUUCCCAUAAAAGUGUGCCCACGCUCACCGCCUUGUGAGACACGCACCAGGACAUCCAGCUCCUGUUCCUCAUACUCGUAUGCAGAGGAUGGCAGUGGAGGUUCGCCAUGCAGCCUGCCUCAGUUUGAGUUUUCGUCCUCACCUUGCUCCAACAUGGCCCGCUGCCUCAAUGUGGACCAGCAGGACCAAAGCGUAGGGGAUGUCCUUUUUAACCAGGGGCAACCCAAGAUCAAAUGUGAACAGUCCUAUGGCACAAAUUCCAGCGAUGAGUCAGGUUCCUUUUCAGAGGGAGACAGUGAGUCCUGCACUGCACAAGAGCGUGGCCCAGAGGUGAAGCUCCCUUUCCCAGUUGAUCAAAUCACAAAUCUUCCACGGAAUGACUUCCAAACGUUGGUGAAAAUGCACAAACUGACCUCAGAGCAGCUCGAGUUCAUCCAUGAUGUGAGGCGGAGGAGCAAGAACCGCAUCGCUGCACAACGCUGCCGCAAAAGAAAACUCGACUGUAUCUUGAAUCUGGAGUGUGAGAUCAGAAAACUGGUGUGCGAAAAGGAGAAGCUGCUUACGGAGAGGAACCAACUGAAGGCUUGUAUGGGAGAACUAUGGGAGAACUUCUCCUGCCUGUCCCAGGAGGUGUGCAGGGAUGUCCAGCUAAGCCCUGAACAGGUUCAGUCAUUGCACCACUACUGCCCAGUCCUACGACCGACCAAUUCCACUCCCGGCAAUCACGCCGCCUACGAUCCCAAGCCUUCAAACAGACCUAACACCACCAGCAACAAGCUCACUGCCUGUUUGGACUCGGCCACGCCUGAAAGGAACGUUCCUGAUUCUCCCGGCCCUUUGGAGAUCGACUCAGUGAGAAACGGGGAAGACAAAGAUAUGGACAGGCAAUACAUCAACUUGUACACCGAUUCAGGGCUGGCCAUGGAAAAAUACAGUCAUCAGACAGUGACGGUUGAUUUCUGCCAGGAAAUGACAGAAAAAUGUACAACUGAUGAGCAGCCACGGAAGGACUGUACGAAGUAAUAGUAUUUUGUUUUGAAUGUUUUUGUUGAAUUAUUCUUAUUUAAUUAUACUCUUAACAAACCUUCGGUCAGGGUUGUUGAUACCCAGCUUCUACCAGUGUUCCCUUCAAAACGAUAUAUGUCCGUAUUUGUAUUUAUAUUUUUCUUUUUCGUGAACAGCUGACACUAAAGUUGUUGUUAAUAGUAGGACUUAGCCGUUCACAAGGUGAACCUCCUCUCUCCGAAGGUGGGAGCUUCUCACUAAACCUUUACAAUGGUGCUCGAUGGCCCCAGCAGCAACUUUAGAGUGGAGGUGCGUUCAUGUCUUCACACGUCAUCCAUGGCACAAGGAGGAACCUCAUUGGGGAAAAAAGGUCUCUCUAUUUUAGGAGAAUAUCCAUUUUGGUUGUCUUUUAUACAUGUUCCCCUUCUUCUUUCUACCAAUCUGGCUCCAUCUGUCUUCACUACCUCUCUCCGGCUCUCUUUUUUCUCGCGCUUUUUGCUGUCAGUGACCUUUUCAUCUACAUCUAUUCAAAUCUCAGGAAAGAAAUACUGAAUGUUUCACAUAAUUCAUGAAAAAUGAGAAUACAGAUUUUAUACAUGCAGACGUUGUCAUGAAAUUAGACUGUAAAAUGGUUAUGCAAAAAUGUCUUGUAUUUGUAUUUCUGUACAGGCUGUAACAUUCCUUUUUUGCCUUCUUGAGCUCUCAACGGAAAGUUUUUGCUGGCAGAUACAUAUUUUCUCUCUCUAACCAGCAAUACCUUUCAUUGUUUGGAUGUUAACUUUGUGCUUGUUUGACAAAAUGUAAAUAGUGUGAAGCAUGAUGACUGUAUCAGUGACUUUGUGCAGGUGCAGACUUAGAUGAGGUUUUUUUUCCCCACCAAGGAUACACAGAGGGCAUCUUAUUGCUGAGGGGAAAUCCUUGCAUUUGCAGUCUCAUAUACAGUGCUCCGAAAAAGUAUUUGCCCGCUUAAGAUCGUCAGACAAAUGUCACCCAUGUAAAAAUCAAAUGCAUUUUUUCCAAUGGUGAUUUUUAUUUAUUAAGGGAAAAGAAUAUUCCAAGCCCUGUGUGGAAAACUAAUUGCCCCCCUUGUUAAAUCAUCGAUUAACUGUAGCUAAUCACAUUUUGGAGAAAGCUGAGUUCAUUUUCACUGAGCGCACCCAAGCCCGAUGACCUCCAGACCUGUUCAAUCAAGAAAUCGCACAAUUACCACCUGUCUGACCAAAUCAAGGAAAAACUCAAUCAAAGAAACUCAAGAACAGAAAAAAAAAUAAAUGGAAGUAAUUGUCUAUUAUCAGUCAGGAAAGGGUUACAAAGCCAUUUCUACAGCUUUAGGACUCCAGUGAACCACAGUAAGAGCCAUUAUCCACAAACGGAGAAAUCGUGGAACAAUGGUGAACCGGCCUCCAAAGAUUACCCCGAGAGCGCAGCAAUGGCUCAUGCAGGAGGUCACAAAGGAACCCAGGACAACAUCUCAAGAACUGCGGGCCUCCCUUGCCUCAGUUAAGGUCAGUGUUCAUGACUCAACGGUAAGAAAAAGACUGGGCGACAAUAGCAUUGACGGCAGAGUUCCAAGGCAAAAACCAAUGCUGGCCAAAAAGAACAAAGGGUUAUCUUACUUUGGCAAACAAACCAAAAAAAUAAUUUCCCAACAAUUUUGGGAGAAUAUUCUCUGGGCUGAUGAGACAAAAGUCAACUUCUGGAUGCCUUGUUAGGUUUAGAAGAGGCGCAAUUACUUUUUCACACACGGUCAAGUAGCUUUGAGUAGUUUGUUUGACUUCAUAAAUAAAAUCAUUUAAAAAGCGCACUUUAGGUUUACUUGGGUUAUCUUUGUCUGACAUUUACAUUUGUUUGAUGAGCUUAUCAUUAAAGUGGGGGGGGGGGGGAAAUAAUGCGAAAAAAAAAAAAUACGGUAGCUUUUCACAGCACUCUAGCGAAUACCACAAGCAAUUGUGGGUGCUCUCAUUUCUCAGGAAAUCAGCUUCACAGACACACUUGCAUGCAUACAGACACAAAACGACAUUUCUUGGCACAAGCAUGUCAAAAUGUAAGCGCUACGUAUCCGCAUACCGGGAGCAUAAAUGUACAUGUCAAUACGUGUAAAUUCAGUUCUAACCUUUUCAGUAGUUGAAGUGAAAAAAGCUUACGAGGGUUUGAGGGACGAGGUUUUGGCUCCUAAUUUUUUCUGGCGAGUAUUUCACGAAACUAUUUGCGUACACCGUGUUUUGUGUUUCAGAUGACAUUAAUCCACAAUGUAUGAAGGUGUAAUUAGGGCCACAAUCAAGCUGAAGUUUUGCCACAACAAAGCUUCAAAUAUUAUCCGCAUAAAAUAACCAUUGCAGUCCUUGAGGAUCUGGUCAAGUUUGACGAUAGUAUAACUUUCACAAACAAUGAAAUACGAUCAUUAGCUUGACAAGUUGAAUGUGAUGCUACAAAUCUUACUACAUAGACUAUCGCCUUUUUUGUUGGGUUUGUUUGAUUAUUUUGUGUAUUCAUUACAGCUUAAUUCUCUAAAACGUUUGUUUCCCCUCAAAUGAAUAUUUCGUUAUUCAACCUAAUUUGACUUCAUUCUUGUAACGUUACAUUUUAUUUUAUUUUUUUUCUUGUUUUGACUUGACAUGUUUUUCUGCUGUGUGGCCCUCAUACUCAUUCGUAUGAAUGGAACAAACACCGCUGACAAGCAAGAAGGCAUCUCCCAAAAAUAGGAAACGAAUCAUGCAGGCACUUUUUUGCAAUCCCCGGCACUCAACGCAUGUUCGCAGUUCAGUGAUGAAUGAUCUUACUCUCGCUUUCAGAUGAUCUCAAAAUUUGGGGGGAAAUGGGGGCACUUACAGUAAAUAGGCACUUCUAAACUACCUGUCAAAGCAUCAACAAACCUCUUUGUGUCACCAAGUACCAUCAUUCCCAUUAUUUGUCUUUGUUCAGGAAUUGAAUCAUUCUUAAUGGGAUGUAAACAAAAAAAGUGCGUAUGUGGUCAUAUUUAUUGUGCGAAUAUUUCGGCAUCCUAUUUUCAUAUGCAUGCGUUAUGACGGUCGCUUGAGCCGAGCUGGUUGGUCUCGCAUUUUUCUUUGUCUUUAAAAUGACUUGAGAGCAAUGAAUUGAUUUCAAAGGAGACCAGUUUCAUAAUUGUUUCAUCAUUUCUACAAUUGAAUUGGCCACUUGACAAAACCAUCCAGACAAGGUAUUAGUAGCUGUAGUAGUGAAAUCAAAACAUGAAAAAUCCAAGUGAACAAGCAUAUAUAGUUUGUCAUGCACAAACAUCGCUAAGCUUUUGCAAAAUCCAUGGACGCGUGUGGAGGCCAAAUCUUUUGCCACCAUUUCAAAGUGAGAGCAUUGGAUGUUAAAUUCAGCAGAAUAACUAUUAAUAUCCAAUUGCCAAUUAUUCUUAGUUUUUUUUUUAUUAUAUAUAAUAUUUUUCAUACAUUUCCAUUUGUGCUAUGAACAAUGAGUGCCCACCGACAAAUUAUAACUAAAUUGCCAUCAUAGAAAAUAUUUUCUUUAUAUUAAUAUAAAGAUAUAUAAGGGGAAGUUAAAAAGUAUUUAGCCCGAUUUAAUUUAACCAACUAUUCAUUGAUUUUUUUUUCUGAAUUUUGCAUGGUUUGUAGUUGAAUUAAUUGUUUCUUCUUCUUUUCCUUUCGGCUUGUCCCGUUAGGAGUCGCCACAGGGCGUCAUCCUUUUCCAUGAGAGCCUAUCUCCGGCAUCCUCCUGUCUAAGCCCUCACGACAUCCAUCAACCUUCUCUUUGGUCUUCCUCUCGCUCUCUUGCCUGGCAGCUCCAUCCUCAUCAUCCUUCUACCAAUAUACUCACUCUCUCUCCUCUGGACGUGUCCAAACCAUCCAAGUCUUUGUCUCCAAAAACAUCGAACCUCGGCCGUCCCUCUGAUGAGCUCAUUUCUAAUCCUAUCCAACCCGGUCACUCCGAGAGCGAACCUCAACAUCUUGAUUUCCGCCACUUCCAGCUCUGCUUCCUGUUGUCUCUAAUCGGUCCAUCAUGGCCGGCCUCACCACUGUCUUCUAAACUUUGCCCUUCAUCCUAGCAGAGACUCUUCUGUCACAUAACACACCUGACACCUUCCUCCACCCGUUCCAACCUGCUUGGACCCGUUUCUUCACUUCCUGACCCCACUCCCCAUUGCUCUGGACGGUUGACCCCAAGUAAUUCAAGUCCUCCCCCCUCGCUAUCUCUUCUCCCUGUAGCCUCAUUCUUCCCCCACCACCCCUCUCAUUCAUGCACAUAUAUUCUGUUUUACUUGGACUAAUCUUUAGUCCUCUACUUUCCAGUGCAUGCCUCCACCUUUCUAACUGUUCCUCCACCUGCUCCCUUCUUGCUCAAAAUGUCAUCUGCAAACAUCAUGGUCUACGGGGAUUCCAGUGUAACCUCAUCUGUCAGCCUAUCCAUCACCACUGCAAACAGGAAGGGGCUCAGGGCUGAUCCCUGAUGCAGUCCCACAUCCACCUUAAAUUCUCCUGUCACACCUCCAGCACACCUCACCGCUGUUCUGCUGCCCUCGUACAUGUCCUGUACUAUUCCAACAUACUUCUCUGCCACUCCAGACCUCCGCAUGCAGUACCACAGUUACUCUCUGGGUACUCUGUCAUAGGCUUUCUCUAGAUCUACAAAGACACAAUGUAGCUCCUUCUGACCUUCUCUGUACUUUUCCAUCAACAUCCUCAAGGCAAAUAAUGCAUCUGUGGUACUCUUUCUAGGCAUGAAACCAUACUGUUGCUCGCAAAUACUCUCUUCUGUCCUGAGUCUAGCCUCCACUACUCUUUCCCAUAACUUCAUUGUGUGGCUCAUCAACUUUAUUCCUCUAUAGUUGCCACAGCUCUGCACAUCACCUUUGUUCUUAAAAAUGGGCACCAGCACACUUUUCCUCCAUUCCUCAGGCAUCUUCUCACCCGCCAGAAUUCUGUUGAACAAGCUGGUCAAAAACUCCACAGCCACCUCUCCUAGAUGCUUCCAUACCUCCACAGGAAUGUCAUCAGGACCGACUGCCUUUCCAUUUUCAUCCUCUUUAAUUCCUUUCUAACUUCCCCCUUACUAAUCAUUGCCACUUCCUGGUCACCACACUUGGCUCCUCUGCUCUUCCUUCUCUCUCAUUUUCCUCAUUCAUCAACUCCUCAAAGUAUUCUUUCCAUCUACCUAGCACACUGCUGGCACCAGUCAACAUAUUUCCAUCUCUAUCCUUAAUCACCCUAACCUGCUGCACAUCCUUCCCAUCUCUAUCCCUCUGUCUGGCCAGCCUGUAUAGAUCCUUUUCUCCUUCUUUAGUGUCCAACCUGCCAUACAUGUCAUCAUAUGCCUCUUGUUUGGCCUUUGCCACCGCUACCUUUGCCCUGUGUCGCAUCUCAAUGUAUUCCUUUCGCCUCUCCUCGGUCCUCUCAGUGUCCCACUUCUUCUUAGCUAACCUUUUUCCUUGUAUGAUUUCCUGUACUGUGAGGUUCCACCACCAAGUCCCCUUCUCUCCUUUCCUGCCAGAAGAUACACCAAGUACUCUCCUGCCUGCCUCUCUGAUCACCUUGGCUGUAGUGGUCCAGUCUUCUGGUCCAGUCUUCUGGACCACCGCUCCUCCUGUCCACCGAGAGCCUGUCUCAGCUCUUCCCGAAAAGCCACACAACACUCUUCCUUUCUCAACUUCCACCACAUGGUUCUCUGCUCUGCCUGUGUCUUCCUAAUCUUCCUCCCCACCACCAGGGUCAUUUUACACACCACCAUCCUAUGCUGUCUAACCACACUCUCCCCUACCACUACCUUAAAGUCAGUAACCUCCUUCAGAUGACAUCGUCUGCACAAGAUGUAAUCCACCUGUGUGCUUCUCCCUCCGCUCUUGUAGGUCACCCUGUGUUCCUGCCUCUUCUGGAAAAAAAGUGUUCACUACAGCCAUUUGCAUCCUUGUUGCAAAGUCUACCACCAUCUGUCCCUCCAAGUUCCUUUCCUGGAUGCCGUACUUACCCGCCACUUCUUCAUCACCCCUAUUACCUUCACCUAUUACCUUCUUUCACCUCAAGGUCACACCCCACCUGGGGGGCAUAGCCACUAAUUACAUUACACACAACACCCUCAAUUUCAAGUUUCAGCCUCAUCAAUCGAUCUGAUACUCUUUUCACCUCCAAGACAUUCUUGAGCCAACCCCGACUCCAUUUCUCUUCCCAUCUACACCAUGGUCAAAUAAUUUCAACCCUGCCCCUAAACUUCGAGCCUUACUGCCUUUCCACCUGGUCCCCUGGGCACACAAUAUAUCAACCUUUCUCCUAAUCAUCAUGUCAACCAACUCCCGAGAUUUUCCUGUCAUAGUCCCAACAUUCAAAGUUCCCACAUUCGAUUCUGGGCUUUGUGCUUUCCUCUUCUCUUUCUGCCGCAGAACCCGCUUUCCACCUCCCCUUCGUCUUCGACCCACAGUCGCUGAAUUUCCACCGGCGCCCUGCAGGUUUAUGGACGUUGUUAACCCGGGCCUCGACCAAUUCGGUAUGGAAUUCUUUGGACGAACGCUCAUAUUUCUUUGGCAAAGUUUGAAGCCGGAUGCCCUUCCUGACGCAAGCCUCUGCCUUUAUCCGGGCUUGGGAGCGGCCUACAGUCUGCACUGGCUUGUGCCCCCCAUAGGGCUUUAUUAGUUUAAAAUAAUUGUUUGAAGGUUUAUUUUUUUUGUAAAAAAGUUUUGUUUAAGCCUGGCCGCUUCCUAUCAAGCCAAUUUGGAAAUGACAUCAUUUUUGGAUGCCCGUUCGAAGCAGGGAGCUGUGAUUGAAUUUCUCGCUUUGGAAGAGGAACCACCAAUAAACCUUUUCUAAAGGUUGCAAAGUGUGCAUGGGGUUGACUGAUGUCAUCAAAGGUGACUGUAUGAUCGUCUCUGAUCAGUGCUAAGACCCUGGCACCAUUCCCAGGAUGAACCGCUGAAGAUGGUCUGCCGCUCCUUUGCUUGUCAUGGGAGUCCCUCAAAGCAGGCUCUUGUUCUUCACCUUGGCAGCUUCCGCCAGUGUUGCAGCAGUUACCUUGAAAAAGUAACUUCGUUACUUUACUGAUUACUUGAUUUCGAAAGUACCUAAAUUAGAAAAAAAGCAGCUGUCAAGUGGCAGGAAUAUCACUUAUCCGCAGUCCCCAAAAAGCAUGAGCGUAACCGUACCCAUGACUUGGUAAUGUACGCCACACAAGUUACAGAAUGAUGUCAUCAACAUGAACAAAUAACUGAAAUAUGAGUGUAGAUGAAGCCACAUUAAGCGAGCAACAGACUUGACACGGCAAAUAGCCACCGAAAUCGAAACCAUUCUCAGUAGACUCUUAACUGAUGGAUGAGACAGACAGACAGACAAAGACAAAGACACAGACUGUAGCAACCCUGCCGGUUGUGUGGGGGUUCCGUGAAGGCAGCUGUGUGUGUGUGUGUGUGUGUGUGCACGCAUCGUGUAAAACGGACCUUAGUAUUGUCCUCUUUCGAGGAACUCCAAGUAGUGACUGUAUUUCCAGUCGGAGUAUGCCAAUCACUCGUCGCUGUGCAGUGUGUUUGCGCCGCUGGCUGCUCGGGUACACGUGAGUUGUAUGUAGCGUAGUAUGCAAAGGGAUGUUCAGAUCUGGUUCUCGUGACCAAAACAGUAACUAUUGGCAGCUAAAUCAAAGCAACUGUAAUCUGAGUACUCCAACAUCAAAAGUAACGCGUCAGAUUAGCUAUGACGUCACCGGCAGCGUUACCGCCAUUACUGGCUUCCGCGUACACAUUUCGCAACCUUAUGAAAAAGUUGCGGUUCCUCUCCCAAAGCAAGAAAUUCAAUCGCAGUCUGCACUCGGCUUCUGACGCUCUUCCAAAAAUGACAUCAUUUCCAAAAUGGCUGGCAGGAAGAGGACAGGCUUAAACAACACUUUUUUUGGUUUGUUUUUUUAAAUAAACCUUCAAACAAUGAUUUCAUCCAACUAUUAGUAGGUUCAAUUAAGUUGGGCUGAUUACUUUUUGACUGACCCUUCAAAGCAUAUAAUGCGUAAUUAGAGACUUUGUCUUCAGAGUCAUGAAUAGAUACACUUGUUAGAAAGGCACAGUGUGGACCCUACCGUGAGUAGGUCCCGGUCUUGUCCAGUCUGUUCCAGGUGCUCAGGUAAUUUCCAUUCUUUUUUUGGCUUUGAGAUUUUUGGAGUGUCAUUGUCAAUAAUCCCAUUCCCACCUGUCGCAUCCUGGAACGCAAAAGUUGCCUUCACCAAACUCUUCCAACAAAGAUGGUGGAAGUACACAACUAUACAAACUCCACAUUCGUUAUUCAACUGUAUCCCGAUCGUUUUGUCUAUAUCAUGCAUUCUGCUCGUGUUCAUUCCGAAGUCUUUAAAUUGCUUGUAAUCUAUUGGGGGGGGGCAACUGCAGUGUAUUUGGAAAUAAAAACAAGCUCGCUCACCCCUGCCCACAAAUGAGGUCUGUUUGAAAUGUCUUUACUUAUCCAGUUGUUGUUUUUUAAGCCAGAAGUCAAAAUCCAUAAAAAAUAGGACAGAUUUCAGUUUUAGGAUUGACACGAUUUUACACAUUAGACCAUUGCUGUCUAUAUUAGAAGCAUUUUAUGAACCCAUGUCCUAACCCUCUUCAAAGCGGCUCCAUUUUUUUUCGGAAUCCCAGAACACAGAACACAUUGGUUUUGUUCAAUUGAUUGACGCACCGAAUUCUUGGAUUGCUGCAUUUGUGAUUCUGCAGGUGUUAAGUGGUUUCCAUAAGCAUGCGCAGUUUUUGCAAUUAUUACGUAACUUUCUUUCUCAUCGUAAACUGCAAAAGUGUUGUUCAAAAUGAAAGGUGUUCAAACUUGAGAAGUUGGCCUUUGGACAUCUUAGUCGCAUACUCCGACGUUGCUGACUGUCACAAUUGCCUUUGACUCCAGUGGCGAUCAUUCCAAUAUUUUUGUUGUCCAUACAGGAAGUAGAUUAUUCAGAUAGCAUCUCACAGUGACAAAGAAUUGUCACAAUGUUUUUUUGGUAUAUAUAUAUAUAUAUAUAUUUAUAUAGAGCUAGAUUAACUUUUAGCGUUUUUGGAUCUGUUUCUGAGAAUUUUCUUUGGGCGGGAUUUUAAUCUCACUGAAAUUCGAAAAAACUGGUGUCUCUGAACUUGAUGCAACAACUGCACGAAGGGCUGCAAAAAGCGUCUCUCACGGGUCGUCCAGUGACCGAAGGGUCAUCGGUUCGAAUCCCAGUCACGGCCGUCCGCGUGUUGAAGUGUCCUUGGGCAAGACGCUGGCUUUGUAAAGUGCUGCGAUGGUGUAGCUAAAGUGCCAUAAAAGUGCAGAGUCCAUUCACCAUUUCAACUCGAAAGGUUAUACAGGAACCAAAAACAAAAUCUAAAACUGCAAUCCUGGUUGGAAGGAUACGCUGUGACUCUUGAGCAAAGUAGAGAAACGUUUACAUGAGUCGCUUUCCAAUACCUUAGAAUUGCUUGAUUCAAUUUGACUUUGGUUUCCAAUUUCGGCGUGAAGAGACGAGCUUGUCUUUAUGGGAGGGGUCAGCGGGGUCGGCUACGUGGAUAUGCCUUAGAAACUCGCAGAGGCCAUAGUUCACAUCCAAACGAAGUGAGCCCACCCCCAAGUCACCAGUGCAACUUUCUCACACUGACCUACCUGUGAAAUGACUCAUACCUCUCAUAACUGCUCACUGACUGUAUCAACAAACUGCAUCAGGUGUUUUUCUACAUGGUUUUUACUCCGAUGAUAGGGACUAUUGUUUACUAGCAGGUUUUGGUGCAUCAUUUAUUGUCAUAACUUGUAGUUUAAAUGACGGCGUUUUUCUAGUUUUGUGUUGCUGGUGUCCAUUUAAAAAGGCUGUAAUGUGCUUAUUCUUGUCAUUUUAUAAUGCGAAAUGCUGUCACAGUUUGACAACAUUGUAAAUAUAUUGUGAAAAUUGAAUUCAUUUUAAUUAGCAGUUGUAUAAAUUACAGUACUGUACCUUUUUCCUUUGUCUAUACACCAUUUCGCUUGAUGAAAUAAACAUGCAUAUCACUGCUGUUUUUACACAACUUUA